AUGAGAGAGAUUGUGAGCCUUCAAGUCGGUCAAUGCGGACACCAAAUGGGAUUGCGCUUCUGGGAGACAAUAUCCAAGGAGCACGGAGUGGAAUCGGACGGAGUUUCCAAGGGAGAAGGCAUCCAGAAGGAGAUGCUCGACGUGUAUUACAAGAGAAAUGGAAGUGAGAGACCGUUCAUUUCUGCCCUUUUCAUUUCAAUAUGUUAACUUUUAAGACGAUAAAUACAUUCCACGGGCUAUUUUGGUAGAUCUGGAUCCGGAAACUAUGGAUUCCGUUCGAGCGAAACCGUACGGUCAGCUGUUCAAUUCGGAUAACUUUGCGAGAGGAAAGGCAGGAGCAGGCAACAAUUGGGCUAAAGGAUACUACACGGAAGCCGCGGAACUGGCGGACCGGGUUCUCGAACUGAUCAGAAAGGAAACGGAAGGAUGCGACGGUCUGCAGGGAUUCCAGCUCUCUCAUUCUCUAGGAGGAGGCACCGGGUCCGGAUUGGGUGCUCUUAUUCUUUCAAAGCUCCGUGAAGAGUAUCCGGACAGAGUGCUCAGUUCUUUUUCAGUGAUUCCGUCCAGAAAGGUGUCGGACACUGUCGUCGAACCGUACAAUGCCACGUUGGCGAUGAAUCAUCUGAUCCCGAAGACCGACUUCACUUACUGCAUUGACAACGAGGCUUUGUUCGAUAAUUGCCAGAGAAUGCUCGGAAAGUCCACGUUGACUUACGGGGAUCUGAACCAAUUGGCAGCUCUCACACUGUCCGGAGCCACUACUUCCUUCCGGUUUCCCAGUCAAUCGAACUCGGAUCUCCGGAAAGUGGCCCUCAAUAUCACUUCCCCUCGUCUCCACUUCUUCAUAACUGGCUCUGCCCAAUUCAAAACCGCGUUGACAGGCAGUGAACUCGCGGAGCAACUGUUCGACUCGAAGAACAUGCAAGCAAUUUGUGAUCCUAGAAAAGGAAAGUACAUUUCGGUGAAUGCAAUGUUCCGUGGAAAACUGUCUCAGAAUGAGGAGGAAGUGCUUAACAUUCAGAAAAAUAAUCCGUCGAACUUUGUGGAUUUCCUUCCGAACAGCAUCCAGACGUCGACUUGCGAGAUUCCACUCGGGGAGCACGAAGUUUCCGCCGCUUUCGUGUCCAACUCAACUGCUAUUCAAGAGGUUUUCCAGCGCAUUCUCAAUGAUUUCGAUAGUAAGUUUGAAAAAAACUUAAAUCUCACACAAUCGAUAACUCCAGACAUGUUCCGCCGCAAAGCAUUCCUGCACUGGUACACUGGCGAAGGAAUGGACGAGAACGAAUUCGCAGAUGCCCGGGAGAACCUGAACAACCUCAUUUCCGAGUAUCAAAAGUAUCAGGAGGGACCUUCUGUUUGA